CUUAUUUCUACUAACAAAUGUUUCAAAAAUGAAUAUGUUACAAAUCAAAGCAGCAACCCCUUGAAAUAGAAAAAUUUGAGCUUUUCAAUAUUUUUGAUAGUAAAAUAAUCAGCUAUCUUACAAAAUAAAAAAGAUUUAACUUGGAGUAUUAGUUAGUUUUUCUGCAUAGAGAGAAAACAGGACUAUGAAUUUUAUGUGAAUUUAAUUUUUGAGAUAAAAGUAAUGUAUUUAUUUUAUUACAAAUUUAAAGAAGAUAUAAUAGGAAACUUUUAUAAAAUUAUCAGCUAAAAAAUUUUAUUUGAUACUUUCAAAAGCUUUAAGUGCCAACAAAACAAAUUUAUAAUUUAUAAUUUUUAAUAAAAUAGUAAUUUAAUAAAAAAAAAAGGAAAUCAUAAAAAAAUGAGUUAAUAAUAAUAAUAAUACAAAGGAAAAUGUAAUUGCUCAUUUUGCAAUAAAUUUAGUGAAAUGGAGGGAGAAAAAAAUGGAGAUGAAAUAGAGGAAUGCAAAGAAAAUUAAUCUGAUUCAUCUUACUAAAAUGACUAAUAAUAUGAAGAUUUAAAAUUUAAUUACAUAUAAGAUGAAAAUGAACAAAGUUAUAAUGAUUUAAAUGACCAAUAAGAUGAUGAAAUUGAAUAAAAUUAAAAUGAUUAAAAUGACCGAUAAGAUGAUGAAAUCGAACAAAAUUAAAAUGAUUAAAAUGACCAAUAAGAUGAUGAAAUUGAACAAAAUUAAAUUUAUUUAGAUGACCAAUGGGAUGAUGAAAUUGAACAAAAUUAAAAUGAUUUAAAUGACCAAUAAGAUGAUGAAAUUGAACAAAAUUAAAUUAAUUUAAAUAACCAAUAAGAUGAUGAAAUUGAACAAAAUUAAAAUGAUUAAAAUGACCAAUAAGAUGAUGAAAUUGAACAAAAUUAAAUUAAUUUAAAUAACCAAUAAGAUGAUGAAAUUGAACAAAAUUAAAAUGAUUAAAAUGACCAAUAAGAUGAAGAAAAUAAGCUAAAUAGUCCCUAACAUGGCUAGCCAUUCAAAGAUGAAGCGAAUCAUUAUUUAGAAAGCGAUUCAUAAAUGAUUCAAGAUUGUAUAGGUCAAUUUUCUAAUUUAAAAGCUGUUCAACGAUAAAACAAAGUCAAUCGUGAUUUUAUGGAAAAUUUUGUGACUUAAUACCCAACCUCUGAUUUAUCAUUACCAGAUAUUUCCUUUCAUUUCAAACCUGAUGGAUCAUAAGCUAUCCUCUUUUACAUUUUCUGUUAACCUGAAAUACUAUAAAAGUGUGUAGCUAAAAGAAAUGAUAUAGCGGAAUUAUAUUAUGACUCAAAAGGAUUCACUAUACUUUUAGUUAUUAAUCCCAAAAUUUACUAUGAGAAUUAUGAAUAAAAGUAUUAAGAAUUUAAUUCUAAUGAGAUACCUCUGGAGGUUUUUAUUUCUAACAAAUUUGAGAAUUAAUAAAAGAUCUUGAACAAAAUAGGUUUGUAAACAAAAGGAUAAAUAAAGGUAUUCCCUCUAAUCAAAAAUUUAAGACUUAGAGGAGAUUUGUAUGAAUUGUUUGAGUGUUUAAAUGAUCAAUUUGAAUUUAAUUAUUUAAAUUGUAGUGAUCACUGUUUCGCUUACUACACUUAGUCAGAUAAUUUAAAUUAGCUUGAAGGCUUGAUCAUAGGUCCAAAAGACACUCCUUACGAAGGAAUACCCUACACUGUUACUAUUGUUAUACCUGAAGAUUACCCUACUGAGCCUCCCAAAGUUACUUUCAACUAGUAAAUUCUGCAUCCAAACAUCAGUGAAUCAGGAGAAAUAUGUCUAAAUAUUCUCUAAGAUAAAUGGAGUACAGUGCUUACCAUUUAAAAAGUACUUGUAAGUAUAGUCAGUUUACUUUAUGAAAAGAAUUUAGAUGAUGUUUAUAAUCACUAUGCAAAAACCCUAUAUAAAGAAGAUCCUGAAGGAUUCAAAACCUUAAUUAAAAAACAAUCCAUAUUACAAGACAGCCAAAAGCUAAAAAUUGACUUCAAAUAAUUAGCAAAAGUACCCAUAAAUGAAUAUAAUGGAUAUAAUGAAUAUGAAAUUAAUGAGGAAUAUUAUAAUUAUGAUGACGCUAACGAUUAUAUGGAUGUAGAAGAUGAAUGA